GUGGAAGAAUAUAAUUAGCCCGAGCAACAGAAGGGGAUUUGUGCCCCGACGGCUGCCGGUUUCCUCCAGCUGGGAAACCUAUGCGGCUGUCAAUAGUUACACUUGCAAUGAGGUCUGUGAGUCCGUGCAGAGCGCAGCAGCACAAGAUCUAUUCUUGCCUGUAGCGUGACCGCAUGCAGACGUUGUGCAGUGCAGUGACUCAGCAAUUUAAACCUGCCAGCUUUGCGUGAAAUCCCCAAUGUGGAUCUGCCGAAGAAGCCGGUUUAGUGAGGGGUGCACCGUGGAGGUCUCGCCAUCGCAGGAUGCAUGCAUGUCUGUCUGAUCCUGUACAAUCACAGAAGUGAACCCUUCCAGGAUCCUUCUUAUGCCUGCGCUGAAAGUUUGUACGAGAGUUUGAAACUGCCAGUUGGCUCCAAAUGUCUCUGCACGAGUUCUUGCGGGAAGGCGGCGAGGCGUCGUACCGCAUCAUGAACCGACUCAGUCUUCUGAUCCAGAACUUGGACAUCUCGGGAUUGGGCUCUUCUUUUCCUUUCAGUCCAGCCAGUCGUAAGAAUUCCUGGAGAGAGUGGGAUGAUGAGAUCAUGCAAUUGGACAGCAGCCCUCUUCGUGCUGCUGACAUCACUCCUGAACUCAGGAGACAAUUUGCUUUUCUUUCAGGAGGCAGAGGAGACAAUGGCAGCCCCAUCAUUGUGUUCCCAGAAUUCCCAGCCUUCAGUGAGAUCACCGACAGAGAGUUUCACAAUGUGCUUACGUACCUGACAAGUGUACCCAGUUUGCCAUCAACGGACGUGGGCUUCAUCCUCGUCAUCGAUCGUCGGCAGGACCGAUGGGCGGCCGUCAAAGGGACCCUGCUUCGGAUUGCGGGUGCAUUCCCUGGAAACCUCCAGCUGGUUCUGGUCCUGAGGCCCACCACUCUCUUCCAACGCACACUCUCUGACAUCCUCUUCAAGUUCAACAAGGAUGAGUUUAAAAUGAAAGUGCCUGUGAUCAUGCUUAGCUCGGUGAGUGAGCUUCACUCCUACAUUGACCACACACAGCUGAGCCAGGACCUCGGGGGAACGCAGGCCUACUGUCAUGAGAAGUGGAUCGCUCACCGCACCGCUAUCGAGGGCUUUGCAUUGAUGGUAAAGAAGAUGGCCCAGGCCCUGCAGUCAUUUGGCGCUGAGCUGGCUGAAACAGAACUCCCCAAUGAGACCCAGGCCACCACCCUCCUCCUCAGUGCACACGGCUGCAAGAAAGAUCAGAUGAAGGAUGAUCUGCUGGUGGCUCUCAGCCAAGGCAGCAGGCUUUUGGAGAGCAUCAAUGAACCUCUGAUGCGCAACCCCGACCAUAACAUGAACCAGGAUGAACUGGAAAACCUGGCAACUGUGCAAAGACUGCUGUCUCAGUUGGACGAGACAGAAAGAGCUUUUGACGAGUUCUGGGCAAAGCACAGAGCUAAACUGGAGCAGUGUCUCCAGCUGCGCCACUUUGAGGAUGACUACAAGGAGGUGAGGCUUCUGCUGGAUCAGUUGUCAGAGAAACUGGCCGCUUUCUCUGAGGUGGGGAUUAGCCACAACCACGCUGACCAUAUCCUCAGUGAUCUCACCAUCUACGAGGAGAGACUCGGCGAGGCAUUGGACAGAGCUUUGGCUUUGGCCGGUGAAGGUGAUGACCUAAUUCAGAAGAAUCACUACGCUCAGGAUUCCAUUGUGCCGAAAAGCAACGAGCUACGAGCGCUCUGUCAAGAGCUGAAUGACAACUUGAAGGCUAAGAAGGAGCUGCUCCUCAAAGUCCGAGAGUUGCAUCACUGCUUGGAGAGGGCUUCCAAGUGGUGCGAUGAUGGCAUUUACCUGCUGGCCUCUCAGCCUGUGGACAAGUGUCAGUCCCAUGAGGGGGCUGAGUCAGCUCUGCAGGAGCUGGAGGGGUUCCUGGCAGACGCAGGCCGAGACAGACUGUCUGAUCCCAAUAGCAUCUGGGCGGAUUACGAGGCAGUGCUUGACCAGCAGCUCAGGGAACAAGUGGAGAAGGUGCUCCAAAAGCAGGUGUCAAUGCAGGAGAUGUUUGACAAGAGGAGGGUCAGCCUGAACAAGCUCGCAGCCAAGCAGACCAGGCCAGUACAGCCGGUCGCUCCCAGACCUGAAGCCUUCAUUAAAUCACCUCUCAGCUCACCUGCACAUCGAGGUAAACUGGAUAGAAGUCACUCUGAGGGAAACAAUGAAAGCUGUGACAAAGGAGACAGGCACUUACUGAAUGGAGAGGGUAAACGCAGACAAGGCUCUUUGUCGGAGGAGGAGGAGAACCUGGCAGUGCUCAGGAGGCACGUUAUGAACGAGCUGCUGGAAACGGAGAGGGCUUAUGUUGAGGAGCUGCUGUGUGUCUUACAGGGUUAUGCCUCUGAGAUGGAUAACGCAGCCAUGGCGCACCUUAUCCCCACACAUUUACAGAACAAAAAGGAGGUUUUGUUUGGCAACAUGCCAGAAAUCUACCACUUCCACAAGAGGACGUUUCUCAGGGAGUUAGAACUGUAUGCAGACUGUCCAGAGCUAGUUGGGAGAUGUUUCCUGGAAAGGAUGACAGACCUGCAAAUCUAUGAGAAAUACUGUCACAACAAACCUCGCUCCGAAAGUCUCUGGAGACAGUGCUCCGACUCCAUCUUCUUCCAGGAGUGUCAAAAAAAGCUGGAGCACAAGCUUGGCUUGGAUUCCUAUUUGCUUAAGCCAGUGCAGAGAAUAACCAAAUACCAACUGCUGUUAAAGGAAAUGUUGAAGUACAGUAAAGGCUGUGAGGGUACAGACGACCUGCAAGAGGCUCUGACAUCAAUUUUGGGCAUACUUAAGGCUGUCAAUGACUCCAUGCACCUCAUCGCCAUUACAGGAUAUGAAGGCAACCUGAGUGAGUUGGGCAAGCUGCUGAUGCAGGGCUCCUUCAGCGUGUGGACGGAACACAAGAAAGGCCACGCCAAGGUCAAGGACCUGGCCCGCUUCAAGCCCAUGCAAAGACACAUCUUCCUGCACGAGAAGGCCCUGCUCUUCUGUAAGCGGAGGGAGGAGAGCGGGGAGGGUUACGAAAAGGCUCCUUCCUACAGCUUCAAGCAGUCACUCAGCAUGAACGCUGUGGGGAUUACUGAAAAUGCUAAGGGAGAUAACAAGAAGUUUGAAAUCUGGUGUAACUCCAGAGAAGAGGUCUACAUUGUGCAGGCACCGUCAGCUGAAGUGAAAACAACCUGGGUGAAGGAGAUCAGGAAAGUUUUGACAACUCAACUGGAAGCAUGCAGAGAAGCAAGUCAGCAGAGGGCGCCAGAUCAAGCUACGCAAGGCCCCCCAGUGGCAGGAGGAGCAGAGAAUCAAAGCGGCAGUCCGUUCAAGAUGGGCCAGAGAAGUUUGAAGAAAGGAGACGAGAGGAAAGCAGAGCACUGCGGCUUCAAUGCUAAUUCCACUCCUUCGCCAAAGUCAGCAGGAAAAGAGAGAGCCACAAGCCCUACCUCAGACAGAAGCGCCGCGGCUAAAAAGCGCUUUACUUUACAGGGCUUCAGUAACCUCAAAGCUCAGAAAGAGCCACCGAGCACAGAUGAUAAAAGUUUCACCUUGCCCAUCACCAUUCUGCUGUGUCCAGGAUCCCCGACCAGCCCGGAUCACAAGACUAAGCGGCAGAGUGACCCGACGCCGUUCGGCUUUAAAGGCUGGAACAAGUCUUCUCUCUCGAUGGGUGCGUCGGAAGAGCAGGACGGCUACUCCAGCGGUGAGGAUCCUCUCAACUCUGACCCAGAGGACGAGAGCCCCAAGAAGCUGUGCACUGGUAAAUACACGGCGACGGGCGACUACGAGGGUUCCACCCAAGAGCUAGCGGUGAAAAGCGGCGACGUAGUGGAGUUAGUGAAGGAGGGGGAGAAUGGACAGUGGUUAGUACGUAACCUGAACACCUCCACAGAGGGCUGGAUGGCCACUGCAAAUUUGGUUACCCUCAUUGCAAAGUCCAAGUCGUGCCAGUCACUCACCAGCUCAGAAGGCAGUGGAUCAGGACACCUCAGCACAUCAUCCAGUUGCAGCGAAACCUGCACGCCUUUUACGGACAUCAAAUCCUGAGCCGGCCAGCACCUCCCUCAUGUGUACCCACCCACGCCACUCCCUCUCUCCUGAAAUGUCUUGUGGCUGUCGUGUCCGUAUGUGUUAACAUUGAUAGCUACCAUUAAAACCAGCAUCUUUUCACUCAUCCACAUACAAGCAUCCUGCACCCUAAACUGGAGGAACAUAGUCUAUUUUAAUGGCGUACAGUAUUACUGUAUGUAACGGUGAUGUUAUAGAUGUAACGGGCCAGCAGGACUGAUCUCAGUUAAUGCAUCUAUUGAUGGAAGUGGGCCAGCAGGACUGAUCUCAGUUAAUGCAUCUAAUGGUGGAAGUGGACCACCCCUAUUACAUCACACAUGAAUUACUGUAAAAUCCAGUGAAAAGCACCUGUCUUUUGCAAAAAAAAAAAAAUCUAAAACCAAGGAGGCUUUAAUAAGCAAUGAAAAUCUUAAACAUUGUUUAAAUGUUUACUCGUACAAUGGCCAGUACCAAGGGCUUGUAAAAAUCUGAUUUUUAGCACAUUUUUUACACAGUGUAACUCGAUUUGCUUUACUUACUGUAAUUAAAUACAACAUUUGAAAGCAAUUACAGAGUUAAGAGAUUUAAAAGCAAUGUCAAG